AUGGUCACCUUUGUAGUCGGUGAAUUAUUUAGUUCGUUUAAUGAUCUUUCUCAAAAGUUGUCAGAAUAUUCUGAACAAAACUUUUGUCAUUUUUAUAUAAAGGACAGUAAAAAAUUGUCACCGAAUGAGGUGAUCAAUCCUCAAUUGAUUUACAGACACAUCGUUUACAGUUGUAUAUACGGUGGUCAGAAACCUCGGUUUCGCGGUAGUGGUUCACGUUCUGUUUCAUCAAUUAGGCAUGGUUGUCCAGCCAAUGUUUAUUUACGCGUUACAAAAGAUAGGGAACAUUUGCAAGUAAGGAGUUUUGUUGAAACACACAAUCAUGAAAUAUCUGAGGACCUUAAAACAGAAGUAGAGGAACUUUUACUUUUGGGAGCAGAUAAAGAUAGAUUAUGUGAUUACAUUCGUUAUGUAACAAAAAAAAAUUUAGACAAAAAAAACUUAUUUAAUAUAUAUGAUGCUGCAGUUAAACAUCAAAGAGAAAUAUCUAGAGAUAGAGCUUUAAUGCUUAUUCAAAAAGUUUAUGCUGUCGAAACAGAAGAAGAGGCUGAACAAAUUUUACAACAAUUAUUGUUGUCGGACAAACCGACAAGGAGGUCUAGAAAACAAGAACCUGUAGAAUAUGUGGAAAAUAUUGAAGUUGCUUUCGUUAAUGAAGGCGAUUCAUCUCAAGAAGAAAUUGUCGAAGAAAGGGUAGAUGAUUUGACGAUAGAUCAAAGAAUAGAAAAAUUAAUGUCAACAAUAACUGGUGAAAAUGAAGUAGGUGAUCAUAUAGUUAUAGUACAAGAUGGUGAACAUAUACAAGUAAUAGAUACAGGUGACACAGCAGUAGAAGAAUACCUAACGGGUGAUGCAACGGAUAGCGACAAAGUCGUACAACCCGAAGAAGUUAUGGUCAAGCAAGAGAUCGACGAUGAGAAAACGCAAGAAAUAAAACAGAUAAAAGAAGAAACUCCAAGGUAUUUGACGCUAAAAGAAUUAUCAAAAAGUUUUCAAACGCGUAAAAGAAAAGUAAUAAAAACGCCACCGAUAAAAAAGAAAUUCAUUCCGAAUAAUUACGUUCAAACAAAUGCAGAAAAUGCUGUUUUAUACACGGAACCGUUGGGAAAAAAUCGAGUCUACACGAGCGGGUACGAAGAAAACGAAGAAGAAAUAAUGGAAAGGGAUGAUUACGCGGAAUGUAAAAGGGAAAACGCGAGAGCGGAAUUAGAAAAAUUAAUAACGGAAACGGAAAUGUUAAAGCUCAAAAGGAAUAAAAUAGUUAAGGAUAUAUCAAAGUUAGAAGUUGAAAAAAAUAAAUUGUGUUUGGAAAUGGAAGUAAUAAAGGAGAAGAAAAAAUCAGUGAGCAUGAAAAUAAUGUGCCUUGAAACGGAGUUUCAAACUCGAGAAUUACAAAAUGAAAAACUAAGACUUGAAAUAGCAAAAUUAAAAUUUGAAUUAAACGAAAAUUAA